GUAACCUUUGCUUCCCCUGUUUUCAAAUAGAAACAAGAAGAUGGCCACCCAAACACCAUCUCUGUUGGAGCGCAGCAUAAGCACCAUCAUCGACACCUUCCACAAAUAUGCUAAGGAGGAAGGACACACAGACACCCUGAGCCAGGGUGAAUUCAAAAAGAUGGUGAAAGCUGAUCUGGCAAACUUUCUGAAGAAGGAGAAAAGGAAGGACAAACUCAUAAAUGACAUCAUGGAGGACCUGGACACAAACCUGGACAAGCAGCUGACUUUUGAGGAGUUUGUGGUCCUGAUGGCAAAGAUGGUCCAUGCCACCCAUGAGAAGAUGCAUGAGAAAAACCCACGUGGGCAUGACCACAGCCAUGGUUUAGGCCUUGGGAAGUAAUUAGGAGAACAGCCACUUUGCAUCUGCCCAACCAAGGUGAAAGGAAAUGUCUUACCUUGGUUGUGGAGCUGGGAAAUGAUAGAAAAUAAAGUCUUUAUCCAUUCCA